CUCGGUACUAAUUUGCUGUGGCAGAGUUUUGAUUCUCCAUGUGAUACAUUACUUCCUGGAAUGAAAAUAGGAAGGAAUUUUUUAACUGGUCAAGAGACGUUCCUAACAUCUUGGAAGAGUGAAGAUAAUCCUGGCCACGGCCAAUUUUCAUUCUGGAUAGAUCCGGCUGGAUUUCCUCAGCUUGUUGUGAGAAAUGGAACUUCUAAGCAUUACAGACUUGGUUCGUGGAAUGGCGUUCGAUUUACAGGAACUCCCCUGUUGCCAUCAUAUGUUGAUUUCCUCACAUAUGAAUUUGAAUUGAAUAAAAAUGGAGUCUAUUAUAGUUAUAAGGUUGAAGGUACUCUAUUGUCCAGGUUAUUAAUGAAUCGAUCGGGCUUCUUGGAGAAAUUUGUGAGAAUAAAUCAUCCUUGGAUACAUAUAUGUUUUGAACCAUUACAUGAAUGUGAUACAUACUCAGUUUGUGGUGCUAAUAUGAAAUGUAAUAUUAUUGAUAAUUCUCAUACAUGUGAUUGCUUAGAGGGCUUUAUAUUGGAAUCUUCCAAAAAUAGGAGCAAUCACUGUGUUCGAAAAACUCCAUUGGAUUGCAAAAAGGGUUCCGUUUUUCAUAAGUAUAUAGGUUUGAAGUUACCAGAUACAUCAGAUUCUUGGUAUGAUAUGAAUAUGACACUUGCAGAAUGUAAAGAAGAGUGUUCAAAAAACUGUUCUUGCACUGCAUAUGCAAAUUCAAACAUCAUUGGAGAAGGCAGUGGCUGCGUGCUAUGGUUUGGCGAACUGAUUGAUAUGAGAUAUUACACUGAAGGUGGUCAAGAUAUCUAUAUAAGAAUGUCCUCUUCAAAACCAGCAGAUCAGUACAAAAAGGAGCUGAUUGGUAUCAUUGUCAGCUCUGCUAUACUUAUAGGAAUGCUUGUGGUGGGGAUUAUAGGUUGCAUAAGGAAAAAGAAACAGAGAAAGCGAGAAAAAGUAAAAGGCAGUUAUAUAGAAUGUUAUGAAGAUGGAGAGGUAAAGGAAGACAUGGAAUUGCCAAUAUUUGAUUUGCCUACAAUAGCUAAAGCCACAGAUAAUUUUUCCAGUAUCAACAAACUGGGGCAAGGUGGUUUUGGACCUGUCUACAAGGGUACAUUGACUAAUGGGCAAGAAAUAGCAGUCAAAAGGCUUUCAAAGAGUUCUGGACAAGGGUUAACAGAGUUCAAAAAUGAAGUUAUUUUGAUUGCAAAACUUCAGCACAGAAAUCUUGUUAAACUUCUUGGCUGCUGCAUUGAGAAAGAUGAAAAAAUGUUGAUAUAUGAAUUCAUGCCGAACAAGAGCUUAGAUUUUUUCAUUUUCGAUCAAAUGAGAAGCAAUUUUCUAGAUUGGAAAAAGCGCUUUCACAUUAUUGAGGGAGUUGCCAGAGGGCUUGUUUAUCUUCAUCAAGACUCUAGACUAAGGAUUAUACACAGAGAUCUCAAAGCAAGCAAUGUGUUAUUGGAUAAGGACAUGAAUCCCAAGAUUUCUGACUUUGGUUUGGCUAGAAUAUUUGGUGGGGACCAAACAGAGGCUAAUACAAAUAGAGUGGCAGGAACAUAUGGUUAUAUGUCGCCGGAGUACGCAGUGGACGGGCUUUUCUCGAUGAAAUCAGACGUCUUCAGCUUUGGCGUAUUAAUACUGGAGAUAGUAAGUGGAAAGAAAAAUAGAGGGUUUUUCCACCAAGAACACAACCACAAUCUUCUUGGACAUGCAUGGAAACUGUGGAUAGAAGAGAGGUCAAUGGAAUUAGUUGAUAGAAAGCUAAACAGCGAGUCCACGAAGGCGCAUGGUUGUAGUUUGUAA